UUCUUCUUUAACCCCUCUCUGAAGAUCAAACUUUUUUCGGGGGUGGUAUAAAACAUCUUAUUCUCUAAACUGUAAUUUUUUUCAUCAAGUUAAGCUCAGGUUCACAGAGCUUCAAAAGAUGUGAAAGAAAAACAAGUGUACAGUAGAAUUUGAAAAUAACAGCAACCCACCUUUGAGGUUGACCUUGAACAUCUUGAGCCCACGGGACAAGUUCACGAGGCUUGGGGAUAAUUGCUGUCUUUAUUUGCUGCUUUAUUAUCAAUUUGGUGAAUCAAUUAUUUUUUAGCUUUGCUAUCUUUUGUUUUUCACAGAAGGGCAGACAAAUUGUACUACAGUUGACAGUGGACACCAUAUUUUAUGGCAUUACAUUCUAUAAGAUGAAUUGCAUCUACUUCUUAGACCAUAACGCACCUAUGGCCAAUUGUUUAUGAUGCUGUUGGUGUUUUCUACAUUAAGUUAGUCUUAGCCUGCUUUGACGAACUGAACUGUUCCUUCUACCUCCAACUUGAGAUUUUAACUUUUCGCUCUUUGUAACUUUAUCUGUCUCCUUCGUUCUUUAAUAAUAGAUCCAUCAUUAUCAGAAUGGGCCACUCCUCUUGUUUGAUACUAUCGAAUCUAGUGUUCUUGUCCAUUGUUUUGAGGUGCAGAUAAAAUCCUUUCAGUUCUUUCAUGCAAAAGGGAAGUUUUCUUUUUAAUUUUGUUUGGCUGAUGAUAAUCUUGCAAGGUCCCUGCCAACACUAACAAGUAACAAGCAUGCCAAUCUCUGAUGUCUCCAGUGAUCUCGCAAUUGAAGUAGGAGGUUCUAGCUUUGCACUUCAUAAGUUUCCCUUAGUUUCACGGAGUGGAAAAAUUCGAAAAUUAUUGUUGGAAGCAAAAGAUUCAAAAACUUCCAGAGUUAACCUCUCUACUAUUCCUGGUGGGUCUGAGGCAUUUGAGUUAACUGCAAAGUUCUGUUAUGGAAUAAAUGUUGAGAUUACAUUAUCAAAUGUCGCUAUGCUGCGUUGUGCUUCUCAUUACUUGGAGAUGACUGAAGAGUUUGCAGACAGAAACUUGGAGACUAGAACUGAAGCAUACCUUAAGGAGUUCGUAUUUCCAAACAUAUCGAACUCUAUAUCUGUUCUUCACCGCUGCGAAAGUUUAUUGCCUUUCUCAGAAGAGAUCAAUCUGGUAAACAGACUUAUCAAUGCGAUUGCUAGUAAUGCAUGCAAAGAACAGCUGACUUCUGGCUUACUUAAGUUGGAUCAUAACUAUCCCUCCAAAAAUGCUGUUAACGUGGAGCCAGAAACACCAUUGGAUUGGUGGGGAAAGUCACUAACUAUCCUCAAUCUCGAUUUCUUCCAAAGGGUUCUAUCGGCCGUGAAGUCGAAGGGUUUAAAACAGGAUAUGAUCAGCAAGAUUUUAAUCAACUAUGCUCAUAAUUCUCUUCAAGGCCUUGUUAUCAGAGACCACCAUUUGGUGAAGGGAAGUUCCUUAAAUUUGGAAAUGCAAAAGAAACAGAGGGUGAUUGUGGAGACUAUCGUUAGCUUGUUACCGACGCAGUCCCGAAAGAGUCCAGUUCCAAUGGCAUUUCUUUCAAGUUUGUUGAAAACAGCAAUCACUGCUUCGGCUUCAACUUCUUGCCGAUCAGACUUAGAGAGACGGAUGGGCUUGCAAUUGGACCAGGCUAUUCUUGAGGAUGUUUUGAUUCCUUCAAUCACACAUGGCAUCAACCAUAGCACUAUGUAUGAUACCGAAUCAGUAGUGAGGAUCUUCUCCAUAUUUCUAAACUUGGAUGAGGAGGAUGAUGAAGAUAAUCACUUGAGAGAUGAAAGUGAAAUGAUGUGUGAUUUCGACAGUCCUGGUUCACCUAAACAAAGUGCGAUUCUGAAGGUUUCUAAGCUAUUGGAUAAUUAUUUAGCAGAAGUUGCACUCGACACAAAUUUGAUGCCCUUAAAGUUCAUAGCAUUAGCUGAACUACUGCCUGAUCAUGCUCGGGCGGUAAGUGAUGGUCUGUACAGAGCUGUAGAUAUCUUCCUCAAAGUUCAUCCAAACAUCAAGGACUCUGAGCGAUAUCGACUUUGCAAAACCAUAGACUGUCAGAAGCUAUCUCAAGAAGCAUGUAGCCAUGCUGCACAAAAUGAAAGGCUACCUGUGCAGAUGGCAGUACAAGUGCUAUACUUCGAGCAAAUCAGGUUGAGGAAUGCAAUGAAUGGAAACCACAAUCAGUUCUUUUUCGGAUCGACCAAUGGUAGCCAAUUUCCUCUACGAUCGAGCAGUGGCGCUGGAAGUGGAGCCAUCUCCCCACGAGACAAUUAUGCAUCAGUUAGAAGAGAGAACCGUGAGCUGAAACUUGAAGUUGCUCGAAUGAGAAUGAGGCUAACUGACCUGGAAAAGGACCAUGUUUCUAUGAAGCAGGAACUUGUAAAGUCCCAUCCUGCAAACAAGCUAUUCAAAUCAUUCACUAAGAAGUUGAGUAAGCUCAAUGUUCUUUUCAGGAUAAACAGCAUCAAACCUAUGGGGACAAAGGGCAGUGCUGAAAACCGGUUCCCGUUUCAAAAGCGAAGGCGGCAUUCGGUUUCAUGACUCUGAAUCUAAUGAAUUUGGAUAAGGGAAAGUGAGAGUGUAUAGUGUAACUUUUAGUGUGAUCCUGUCUAAUACGAGGUUGAUGAUAGUUACUGAGUGUUGAUUCUGGCUGUUGCUAUGUUCACCCCAAUCACUUUGACUCUUCAUCUUCUCUUUCUUUUUUGGUGGGUAAGUUAUACUUUCACCAACAAGAUAGAGUUGAAACCAUAUUCUUUUAAUUACAUGUAUUCUUUCACUAAGUUGUGUGGAUCUAUCUUAUUAAUGUAUAACAUCUUUUUAGAGAAGUUUACA